GGAAAUCAUGGAAAGGUUAUUAGCCAUGCAGAGAAUACAGCGCCAAAAUGACAUUCUUCAACAGUUCCAUAUGAAACUGCGGGCAGAUACAGACCCAGAACCUGUGACAAAUUAUUUGUAUCAAGCGAAAAUUAUUGAUGAAUACGCCUUGGAGGAGAUACUUUCAAUGCAAACACGUCGGAAUAAGAAUAAGGCUUUGCUCAUUAAGCUCAGAAAAGUAGAAGACCCGAAUGCUUUCUCAGAGUUUGUGAAUGGAUUGGAAAAGGAGCAACCUCAUCUGGCUUGCAUUCUUUUGAAAGAAGGUUAAUGAUGGCAACUGUUUUUUUCUGCCAGGGGUGAUCAGAGUAUAAACCUUGAUCAUAGAGGAAAACUAAUGCUAUAUAUUUGCGGGGUUUUUUGCAGAGAAAAGUAGACUCUACAAAUUAGAAAAAGAGCUUGUAACAGUCAAAACUGAACGGUUGCUGGUAUUGGAAACAGAGAAGGAGGAGCUUAAGACCACGUGCAAGAGUUUAGAAGAACAGUUGCAGUUCUGGCCGAGAACUUUACAGGACAGCAAUUUGGAAAGAUCAGGCUAUGAUGAAAGGAGCGGCGCUGCUGCAUUAAGUGUCAACGAAGGCGACAACAUAAGAGGUAAGAAAUCACCAUGAUUUUGUAUAAAGUUAUCUUUGUAAAACUUCCGGAGGUAAUCUUACAUUGUUUGAUCACAAGUGCACAAACUACGCGGUCAACCGAAGUGUCCGAAUUUUAAUUUUACUCAAUUAUUGUUUCACAGUGUGAAGCUAGAGGGAUGCGUAAUUAGACUAAGGGCCAGGGGUCUCAUUAUAGUUUAGGCUAUUCUUUGAUACACUUUGUUCAAGAUGGAACGCGAAAAAUUCCAUACCGAGUAGACUAUAUUUUCGUUCGGCUGCUUAUCCCUCAAGACUAGCCUGUGAACAGGCUCUCUGUUUGGGGAAAGGGUAAAAAAAUCGCGGGCUACUGAAGACAAAAUAGAAAGUCAAGAAUAACGUUAACAUUGUAUAUUUAUUACACGUAGAGCCACUAACCAGUUUGGAGAACGGCGAUUUAGAAACGCCGUUAUUUGAUAAUUCAACGAGAGGGCAGUCGCAAGGAAUGGGACAGGGCCAAAGAAGUAGACCCUCGACACGUCUAAGAAACGAGUUCACAAAAACUAAAGAAUGUAAGUACAAAUAAUCGGCUGCUCUUUUAGAGGGUGUCCCAAAAGUUCGUUCCUCUACUCCCUAAAUCUGUAAUGCAGUACGAUUGGACUUGGUAAGCAAAUCGUGUAAACAAAAGUUGUGUCUUUCAAAUAUAAUUCAAUAUUUUAUACUUGUUGUACCAUCUUUUGACUCUAAUAUUCGAUUUGUGUACAUCCACGCCAUAGGUGCGCGUGCGCGAGUUUAUUUCCCACCAAAGAUUUUUUGUCUUUGUAACCCGCAUUGCGCGAACUCCUUCCCUGUUUUUUUUUGUUGUGAAUAUUAUUAUGAAAGAUAAACCCCUUUAACGCAAAAACGUUCAGCCGCGUGAGAGCAUAAGCAUGCAUACUGCGAUUUACUGGCUUUUCAGUCGAAGAAACUGCUGAAAAACUGGAAAAAACCAAAUGUUGGGCGGGAAAAUGGUCAUCGAGAAAAGAAGGUUUUGAAGACAGGAAACGAAGGGGAAGACCGAAAGUCCUGAAUAAAGCAGCUAAAAUAGUUUUAAAGAAAACUAGGCACAAAAGACGAAACUUGACAUGGUACUCCCCUCACAACAGUUAGCUAGCGAAGGUUAGAUGCCCCUGAGAUGCCGGGCAAAAAAAGCAUUUCUUAGUCCGCCAAGCAACGAUCAGCUCGUCUCAAAUUUGUAAAGAGGUACAAAAGUCUUACUGUGAAAAGGGGCCGGGAUGAUUAUCUUUUUUUGGAUGAAUGCCCAAAGUCUAUUUAGCGUAUGUAAUUAGAGGAACGAACUUUUGGGACAGCCUGUAAAGUUGCCGCGCAUAAAAACCGGGAACAGUUUUAAUCUCCAUCUAGUCCGGGUAAAUUUGGCAAAAAAUAUAUGUGACAGCUUUUGCAAGACCGGGCAAAAAAAUCAAAUGCCUCGAAAAGAUGUCCUUUCAAUUUAAUUCAAGGAGUGUUUGGCCACUUGGUUACCAAACAGAUCUUAACACAGUUGUUUAACAAGUGUGCUCUGCCUUAUACGACCACGAUAUGUAGGCAGAGUCUACACUAAUCAAUGACGUCAAGGAGUUUUGAAGAACAAUAAAGUAUUCGUUCAAAAGAAAUGGUGUUGCAGAAAGUGUACAGCCAGGUGAGAAUUUAGGUAGCUCUGCUUUUCCAUUUCAGACCAUUUCAGGCAAGUGAGAGACUUUGAUGAGGGAGUCAUUCACUACCUUGGUUUAAAUGCCGGCGUUAGCAAAUGGAGGAAUCCUGCUCGAGUACCAUCAUCCGGAGUGAAAGUAACCUACUGCGAUGGGGAAGGUCGUGAAGACCCUGAAAAUAUCCUCGAAUAUUUCAACCCAGUCAACAGUUACACACGAUCGGGUUGGUGUCUGGAUUUGGGAAAGUACUACUCGCUUCGGCUUACUGACUAUACUUUGAGGCAACGUGGAAGUAAUUCAAAGAAUUUCUUACAAAACUUUAAGAUCCAAGGAAGGCUUAAUGAUGACGAUGAGUGGAGUUUACUGAACAGACAUUAUAAAGUCAACUGGAAGUUACGGGAAUGGUCAUACUAUGGGAAAUCAGGCGAUAAAAUUAAACCGGUGCCAUGCAAAACAAAGACAUGGUCUGUGGAAGGAGAACUAAAAGCCCAUCGUCAGUUUCAAAUUGUUCAAUUAAGAGAUUCAAUGCCUGCAGGUGCACCUCAAAUGUCCCUCGCUGGUAUCGAGCUAUAUGGAGUGCUGAGUGUACCAGAUUUUGAUUAA